AUGAAGGCGAACGAGUCUCCUCGUGGUAUGAGUAGCCCUUGCUCCACAAGUGGGAUAGCUUCUCCAAAUGGAUCCCCUGAUACUAAACUCACGGCUUUUUCGCCGGAGGAUGUCCGAUCCAAAGGCCGCCCUGGGUCCAGAGCCCAUGGUCCAGUAAGCGACGCAGGGCUCCGGAAACUGGCCGCAUCCGAUCCAUUCCUGGUGCCGACAAGUACAUCCAGAGUGCAACUUUCACCGACUGCAGCGGCUUUUACGCCGGUUGGGAUGGCAGAUACUGUGACUAAUGGCAACCUGGCCCAGUCCAUGACCCGUGCCCUCUCCAGUGCUAGCUAUCUGGCUGUUGACUCUAUUGCCGAAGUAAAUGGAACAUGCAGCGGGCUUGUAAACCCCUUUGACCAGGGUUCAUUGAACUACGGGACCAUUGGAAGUGCUCGAGGGUUUAGGAGCCUAUCGUCCGGUCCAGUCCUCGAGAAAUUUGAUUCUGAGCGGCGCAGUCGUGCUCUUGUUAUUGAGAAUGUCCCGACUAACCUUACAUACAUGGCGCUGGCUGGGUUUUUUAACCGGCGUGAAUUUGGUACUCUUAAAGGCCCUGUACUCACGGAGCUUAGCUCCAUGGGAAAGGUAUAUGUUUCUUUCACUGAUAGCCGUGAAGCAAAAAAGGCGAUUGAGAAAAUCCGACUUCUUCGACCUGAAUGGCGCGUGUUCCCUCUUACAGCCAAGGAAUAUGUACAGCAUACAGAGCCGUCCCUUCUGUCCGAUGUUUCUGAUUAUGAAGGCCAAUUACUUGUGACUGUCUAUUAUGAUUCCCGAAACCCUACCUUGAAUCAGCACACGGUUACCCGCUCAAUCGAAACGAUCGUCACAACUUUCGGUGACAUGAAAGCCUUCACUCCCUUGCCCACUGGCCAAGAGGACAUUAGCGAGUUCCAUCUCGAGUUCUUUAAUACCCGGGAUGCGGAAAAUGUCAUGACUACACUCAACGGAAGCUCGGUCGAGGAGUGUAUUCUUGAGGUUUCGUCUUUCAAGCCGGAUAUUGAGGAUAAGCCACGCCAUCCCCUUCCUAGUCCGUCUCCUGCAAGAGAUGGGUUAUUCCGAUAUGAAACACCGUGCCCCAAGAAUGCCGCUUGGACCCCGAGCCGUCCGAACCGCUCCCUUUUUAUGGAGCUCAGCCCUACCGGGCGCUCGACAGUACCUCCUGGUGAGCACGCUGGUCUCAUGGAUUGGAUGUCUAGGGCAGGUGAAGGAGUCUUGCUUUCUCCCCGUCGUGACAUUAGCCGUUUCCCUGAAUUGCGCGUAAGUAAUCAGAACGCGGUAGACAUCGAACGGAUUCGCCUCGGUCUUGAUGUCCGGACUACGAUAAUGCUCCGUAAUAUUCCGAAUAAAAUAGAUCAGACUAUGCUCAAGGCUAUUGUUGAUGAAACAAGCCGUGGAAAGUACGACUUUAUGUACUUACGUAUUGACUUUGCGAAUAACUGCAACGUCGGGUAUGCCUUCAUAAAUUUUGAGGAUCCGAUUGAUAUUAUCGAUUUUGUAAAUGUGCGAGCUGGGCGCACCUGGCAAGAAUCCCUAGUACCUAGUAGGAAGGCCACGGUGUUAACGAGGUCCUACAGGAAUUGCUUUAAUAGCGACAAAGUUGCCGAGGUAUCAUACGCCACAAUCCAAGGAAAGGAUUGUCUAGUACAAAAAUUUCGGAACAGCUCCGUCAUGCUCGAGCAUCCGUCCUUUCGUCCAAAGAUUUUUCAUACCGGCAGUGGACAUCUUGCUGGCACUGAGGAUCGCUUCCCAGGACCAGAUAACCCAUCAAAAAUGCGUCGCAGUAUCGAGAAUGCUGAGCAUGUCGGUUUGUUUGCUCCCCGAGUCGGUCAGCAAUAUCGGGAUGAGCAGCGUCGCCGUCGCUCGCAAUUUGACCGCGGAACAACUGCUGCAGAAAGAGAAAUCGUGUAUGUUCGGACGCUCACCCCAAAGCAUUCUUCUGGUGUUGGCAGCGGUCUAAGGAGUGCCCCUUGCACCUACCCUGCCAUGAAAAUGUGGUACGAUCCGACUAUGGACCGUGGUCCUAGGACCUCUUGA